AUGGAUUUGAUGAAAAUAUCAGCCCGCGCUUUGGUGAUGUUCAGCGUCUCCGUGUGCGCGGCAAGGCUUCUGGAUGGUUUCUCUGAAGGCCAACAGAUAUGCAAGCGUGGCACCGAGAAACCCUGCUAUAAAAUCGCAUACUUUCAGGAUAACCGACGUAAACUCAACUUUGAAGAUGCUAGCCGUGCGUGCAGGAGUGAUGGUGGAGAUCUUCUCAGUAUAGAGUCAAAGGCUGAGCAGGAGCUUAUACAAGCUUUAAUGGCGGAACUUAAAGCGUCUGAUGGUGACUUUUGGAUCGGUCUUCGAAGGGAUCAAGGCUAUGAGGAAAUAAAUGGAGACUGUCCAUCUCAGUACUACUGGCUGGAUGGAAGCCAGGCAACCUUCAGGAACUGGCACUGGGAUGAACCUUCUUGCGGGUUCGAGGUGUGUGUAGUGAUGUAUCAUCAGCCGUCUGCUCCUCCUGGCCAGGGUGGUCCUUACAUGUUCCAGUGGAAUGAUGACAAUUGUGAAACCAAGAACAACUUUAUCUGCAAGUACACCAAAGAUAAACCUCAGGCACGUGUUCCUGCAGAAAAUGGAACAUUAGAAGAUGUGCUUCCAACACCCAGAAUACCCAGAUAUCCCUCUGUCACAGUAAAGGAUGAUGCGGUGAGGGGGGUUGUUACUGAACCGGCAGACAAUGCACUUAAUAUUGUCUACAUUGUACUACCCACCAUACCUCUUCUACUGCUGUUGAUUGUGGCCACAGGAGUUUUCUGCUUCAAGCUUUUCACAAAGAGCAGGAAGAAACCACAGACUGAGAUCAGCCAAAAGGAACCAGGAUACUGGGCAGCCGGAGAAAGAUGCAACAGCCCGAGCCCUGACGUCUACAACGUCAUUCGAAGACAGCGCGAGUCAGACCUCGCCGACACUCGGCCUGAUAUCAAGAACACUUCUUUCCUUGGGUCUUCUCCAGACACACCACCGGGAGAUUAUGACAACCUGGCAGGAAGAGACACGGAAAGUGGUUUUGUGACGCUGGCCAGCACUGAAAGCGGCUUUGUGACCACUGAUAUGUAUGACACAAUGCAAGGUCAUGAAAGUGGGAGAUACUUGAGAGAUCAUGGAUGGAUGGAUGAAUUAUAUGACUAUUGAUAUGCAAGAGGAACGUUAGCUUGAGCAUUCUCCCCUUGAGAAUGAGCCAACCUUAACUGUUAGUAUCUUUCUCUGAGAUUUUUUUUAAUAUUAAAGAUUACGGGGUGUAGCGUUACCAUUAGCGAUUCUGUUAUGAGGCUGCCAUGAUACAUGCUUUAAAAUUUAACAGUCUUUCAAACUUAUCUGUAAGCCCAAUUCCGGCCACUAUGUAAGUGCAAACACUUGGCAAAAUGAAAUUUGAUCAUGAAAAUGGUUUGCAUGACCCUGUUAUGCUGCUUUUAUUGGAUGUGCUGUGUCUGCCUCAGUAAUCACACUUUGACAAUCUCUUGCAGAAUAUUUUCCUACGAAACACGAAAUAAUAAAAAAA